UUUGGGUUUAGAAUUGAAUUAGAGCAGUAAGAAACGCAACAUUUUCUGCUUAUUGCCUAGGGUUUUAAAGGGUUUCUCUCUCUACUACUGCCACCACUACCACUAGAGCACUAGUAUAAUCUGAACAAGACAAGCCAUGGAUAGAUACACCCGAGUCGAAAAGCCAAAGCCCGAGUCUCCCAUAAACGAGAAUGAGAUCCGUAUCACUUCCGGUGGCCCCCUCCGUAACUAUAUCAGCUAUGGCACUUCUCUUCUCCAGGAGAAACAUGUUAAGGAGAUUGUCUUGAAAGCCAUGGGACAGGCAAUCAGCAAGACAGUAUCAGUUGCAGAAGGUAUAAAGCGGAGAAAUCCUCGUUUGCACCAAGAUACUGCCAUCAGCUCAGUGAGCAUAACUGAUGUUUGGGAACCAUUAGAAGAGGGCCUUGUACCUGUGGAACAGACGCGCCAGGUCUCAAUGAUUACUAUCACCUUAUCUUUUAGAGAGCUAAACAAAAUGUCUCCUGGGUACCAAGCUCCACACUCCAUAAAACAGCCAAAGCAGCAAGAUCAGCAGCAGCAGCAGCAACCUAGACAAGCACGUGGUUCCUACAAUGCUGUUCCUGAAGAUUCAUAUGGCCGAGGUGAUUUGUAUGGCCGAGGACGUGGUAGAGGGAGAGGUCGGAACUGGGGCCGGGGUGGAUAUGGAUAUGGAAACUAUCAGGGUAACUACCAAGGAAGCUAUCGGGGAAAUUAUCACGGGAACUAUCAGGGAAACUAUCAAGAUAAUGGUGGUUACUCAAAUCAGGGCCGUGGUGGUGGGGGUCGGGGCAGGAACUGGGGUUAUCGUGGAACUGGAUACGAAAGAGGCAGAGGUGGAGGGGGCAGAGGCUAUGGCCAAGGUCGUGGAAGGAUGGCCAAUCGCUCAAGGGGCGGGGGCGGUGGCGGUGGCGGUGGUGGUGGCGGUGGAGGUGCUAGUGGCAACGGCAACCAAGCUUAAAAAGAGAAUGGUGUUCUCUCCUUUUGCUUCAGCGAAAUGCUUGCCUAGGCCAGUGGGCUAAAUUUUAAUCCCAAUACUUGUGUUAGUGGCGUGAGAUGUGGCUUGUGAUCUCAAGCAGUUGUUUUGAAUUUUCUCUAUCAUAUGAUUUGGGCGAGGUUAUCCGUUUGGUUUUUGCAUUUAGCCAUGAGCAAGAGGAGUUUUAUUAUAAUGCUGUAAUUAUUUUGCCCUUGUGGUUACCCUGUUCAUAUUAUCUUAUUAUAUUUCUUUAUUCCUUCCAA